AUGAUUACACAUCACAAGCCUAGGACUUCUGCUCCUAUCGUUGAUAGCGACCUGUCAUCUACUACUCAACAAGCAAACGGAAGCGAUAUCGAUACCAAGGAGGCUGUGGAGCCAAGCGCCGAAAGCCAAGAUGAAAGGGUCAACGAGGUGAAAAUCGCGGAACGAAGCCGUGCAAGUCACAUACCAGAAGCUGCUCUUCCAGCAGCUAUUGGUGUACCACUGCCAAAAGCAAAGGAUCAACCAAUUCUUCCCGAUGAUUUCGAUUGUGCCUCAAAGCCGAAUGGCCUGUACUCAAUCGGCUGCAAAACGGAAUAUGUUACUUGCGUUCUUGGCCAUCCGUUCUACUUCCAUUGUCCCAGUAACCUGAUAUUUUAUGAGGCUGCGCAAACUUGUGAUCAUGCAGAGAACAUCGCUGAGUGCUCAAAUGUCUCCUUGGGCACUAGAGACGCUCAUGAGUACAUUUAUAAAUUCCUUUGCUCAUUUGCCGCAGUGUUUCAAGGCUACCGUUUUCGAACUAUCCACUAG